AUGGCGUUCCAGGCUCGGCACCGCUGGAUGAUCCAGCGGCUGCAGCUCGGCCUGGGCUUCCACGACGAGUCUCAAGUGGAGGAGCUGCUUCGGGGCAACGGCAUCAUGGAUCAGCUCUCGCGCUUCUUCCGAGCCGACGGCCCCACCAAAAUCUUCUUCUACUACCAGAUAAAAGGUUCUACCGAAAGCGACGGCGCCGCAAACCCGUCUACGGUGGAAUUACAGCGCAAAGAGCUCUUCGUGACGGACGGACUGGACGAAACACUUCAAGGACGCGCUGUUUUCUUCGCCAAAGUGGUGCCCGAAGCUUCAGAGGAAAGACAAGUUAACAAGGACGAAAGUCCAGAGACUCUGGACGAAAAUUUGUCCUAUGACUCGACGCCUCGACUGCCUCUUGAUCCGGCAGUGGCUAACGACCAUUUACUCACUUAUGGAGUACUGGAUUCGUCCGUGUUGCUCUCAAUUGAGACUCAUUUGGCACAGUUGUUUGUGCCCAUGUUGACAGCAAGAGAAGAGUGUGAAUGGGGCCAAGCGGAGAGUGACACUCGCAAUGAGUUUAUGCUGGGCUUAAAGGGUUUUGUUACAGAUGUGCAGGAAAAUCUCAAGGCCAUGAAUACGGGACUAGAUUUACGUAAACCAGAUAAAAGAUACGACACGUCGGACUCCAGAAGUUUGUCGAAAUUGUCGUCGGAUGACGGGGCCGUGCAGCAUUUUGUGGAGCUAGUUAAGGACUGGUGUAAACAGACAGAGGCGUAUCUGGAAGAUAACGAUCAAGGACGUUGGGAAUCGCACGAAGCUGGUCCUGCUACUGAGCUGGAGUACUGGAAAAGAAGACUACAAAGACUCAUGGGGAUCACGGAACAGCUGAAGACCAAAGAGUGUAAAAUGGUCACUGGAGUGCUCAAUGUUGUCUCGAAAUUACAGGACGGAGUGACAGAUAAACUAGGAAUUGCACAAUUGUUACGACAGUGGAAACAAAUUGACACGAAUAUCACGGAAGCGUCGAACGAAGCCAAGGACAACGUCAAGUAUCUCGCUACAUUAGAGCGCUUCAUUGAGCCAUUGUACACUGGCACCCCGACGUCUGUGAUAGACGCACUACCCGCUCUCAUGAACUCUGUCAAGAUGAUCCACACUAUUGCUCGUUACUACAAUACUACAGAACGUAUGACGAAGCUCUUCAUGAAGAUCACGAACCAAAUGAUCACAUUGUGUAAGAACAGCUUGGUCGGUCGCGAACCUCCCGAGGCUAUUUGGGAGAAAGAUCCAGAGGCGCUACUUGUUGGAUUGGAGGCCUGUUUAAAACUUAACGAAGCGUACCAGGAACAAUAUCGACUCACGAAAGAUAAAUUACUGACGAUGCCGAAAGGGAAGCAAUUCGACUUCAGUGAAACGCAAAUUUUCGGAAAAUUUGACCUAUUUUGUCGCCGUCUUGUGAAGCUCAUCGACAUGUUCAGUACCAUCCACCAGUUUCGUGCUCUGGCUCAGCAUUCGCUGGAAGGAAUGGAUGCGUUGUUGGCGUCGUUCAACACGAUUAUCCGAGAAUUUCGCGCUCACAAGCACGAUCUACUGGAUUUCCACAAUAACAAAUUUGACCGUGACUACGUGGAAUUUAACAUUCAAAUUGCUGAUCUCGAGGCCUCGUUGCAGCAGUUUAUUAACGUGAGCUUCGACUCCAUCACAAGUAUCGAGCAGUCCUUGCAGCUACUUAAACAGUUUCAGCAGAUUUUACAGCGCGAGACGUUACGGAGCGACUUAGACUCUAAGUUCACUGUAAUUUUCCACAAUUACGGUCUCGAUCUCUCACACGUACAGGAAUUGUAUGAACGUCAUCGACAUGAUCCCCCGGUGGCACGUAACUUACCUCCAGUGGCAGGGAAUAUUCUCUGGUCGCGUCAUUUAUUACGGCGUAUCGAGGAGCCAAUGCGAAAAUUCGAGAGCAACCCCACCGUACUUUCUACAAAAGAUUCCAAGAAAAUUAUAAAAACUUACAACAAAGUGGCGCGUACACUCGUAGCUUUCGAGUAUUUGUGGUACGAAGCGUGGUGCCGCUCGGUGGAGAACGCGCGAGCUGGUCUGCAUGCUACUCUGAUCAUCCGGCAUCCAGAAACUGGUCGACUUUUUGUGAAUUUUGACAAAGAAAUUCUGCAACUUAUUCGCGAAGCUCGUUGUCUUGAUCGGAUGGGGAUCGAAGUACCCGAGAAUGCCCGUAUGGUUAUGCUACAAGAAGACAAAUUCAAGGCCUACUACAACGAUCUGAGCUAUGCCCUGCAUGAAUAUGACCGAGUUACGGCAAAGAUCAUUCCAGUUACAGCAGUGUUGCUGCGUCCUCACUUGGAAGAUCUGCAGCAGAAACUACGCCCUGGACUGGUUACUCUAACGUGGACGAGUAUGAAUAUCGACGCAUAUACUGCGGUGGCCCACGCAGCGUUACAGCGUCUUGAGGAACUCAUUUCAAGUGUUCUGGACGCUAUUGAGAACCGUAUCGAGAAGAACCUGGUGAUCGUAUCCAAGGCUUCUCUUGUACACUUACCCACAGACCAAUCCUUCGCUCUUGACGACUUCGUACGCAUGCAAGAAAAGCACGUGGCGAAUGUCACGAAACAGUUAGCAGCCAAGAACGUGGAGAUUGAAAACGCAGUGGAAGAUGUGCUUCGCCUUAUCUGUGAGUACAAUUUAGACGGUUCGAACUCGUCUGGACUCAACAGUGGCGUCUCCACUGCAUCUGGAUCGAAUACGGUAUCCUGUGACGUAGAAGCCAUGGACACCUUCAGAAGCUUUUACCGGAACCUCUUUUACCGCUCAUUAGUGACCUGUACGAAGCAGUCUUUGGACGCGAUCAAGAAGCGCGUCUGCUCGAAAGCAGGCACGGGGUUUCUCUUCCUGGAACGCCCGUUCUUCGAGGUGGAUGUUCAGUUAUCGGUGCCUUCUGUACGGUUGAGUCCGUCGCUCGAUGAUAUCCAAAAAGCUAUCAACCGAUCCGCUGUAGCAGUCUUACGUUGCUCCAAGAGUCUGUACGAGUGGGGCCAACAGAGUAUAUUUCCAGAAUCUAUGCGAACCAGUCUAUUUGAACGUCUUGGAUGUGAUACAGAGAUCAUCAAAGUGGCGAUUCUACUCACUGGAGCGUUGCAUGGAACGAAAAACCAAGUGCACGAGUACCUUUCAGCGUUUAAAAAAUAUGACUGGCUCUGGAAAGAAGACAUGGAGUUCCGGUACAACCAGUUCAUGCAGCGUAAUCCAAUGAUUCAGGAUUUUGAGACGGAGCUACGUCAUUUCAUGGCAGUGGAGGCCGAGAUCUCGUUAAUUGCACCGGUACACAACAUUGCGGUGUUGUCUCUAAACACUAAAAACCUCAAGUUACAGUUACGUAACGAGUGUCGUCAAUGGAAAGUGCAGUACUCGGAUAAAGUGCAUCAACAGGCGAGAACAGCGCUGUUUAACCUCACAGAUUACAUCCGGACAACGACUUCCAAACUUAAUGCUCGCGUGGAAACUCUGGAUACUCUUCGAUUCGUUAUGGGAGUUUUAAAAGAAGUGCGUGAACGAGAGUCUGCUAUUGAGAUGGAGUUGAAUCCUAUCGCUGAUAUGUACGAUAUGCUGGAGCAUUAUCUUCCUGGAGGGUACAUGGAUAAAGAAGAAAUGGACCAGAAGAGCGUACUGCGCGGUUCAUGGCGGAAGCUUGUGGACUAUGCUGAAGAAGUGACGGAUAAUUUGUCAGAGGUGCAGGGAGGUUUUAAGAAGCAGCUUAUUAAAGACGUUAAAGACUUCCAAGCUGAUGUUACAGUGUUCCGAGGCGACUAUGAAGCCAAUGGCCCGAUGGUAUCUGGUCUUGAACCUGCAGAGGCGGUGGAACGUCUUAAGAGAUUCAAAGAUUUACUGGGGAUUCGUGAACGGAAACUCGAAGUGUUCUCUGCUGGAGAGGAAUUAUUCGGUAUGAGACCGACCGAAUAUCCCGAAAUUGUACGCACUCGAAAGGAGAUGGCGUUACUGGACCAGCUUUACGGUCUCUAUAUGGAUGUCGAGAAGACAAUGGAGGAGUUCCGCGGUAUUUCAUGGGCUCAGGUUGGAGCGAACGUGGAGCGUAUGAGCGAUUGUUUCGCUGGCUAUGAUCAGCGUUGUAAGAAGAUGCCUAAGAACUUGUGGGAAUGGGAAGCUUACGGUAUUUUACGCAAGGUCAUUACGGAAUUUUUAGAGAUGCUUCCUAUCGUUAGAGAGUUGACGAGGGAGAGUAUUAAACCCCGUCAUUGGGAGGAGAUCAUCAAGGCUUGCAACGGCCAACGACUGCCCUACGACAGUGAGUCUUUCAAGUUCCAAGACGUGCUGGACGCCAAACUUCUCACUUGGAAAGAAGACGUGGAAUAUAUCUGUGAAAGUGCACAAAAGCAGUUGCAAAUUGAACACAAACUUCGCGAUCUCACGGAUCGGUGGGCUGGUACAACGUUCGAGUUCAGUAAGUGGAGACAACGUAAUGUGCCUGUACUUAAGGGUUACGGUCAGAUAAUCGAAGACCUCGAGGAAGGGCAGUUACAGCUUCAAGCUAUACUGAGUAUGAGGCAUGUGGUGUUCUUUAAAGACCGCGUACAAGCCAAGCUGGCACAACUCUCCGAUACAGCCGAUGUGUUGGAGUUAUGGGCUAAAGUACAGACGCUAUGGAUGUCUUUGGAAUCGGUUUUUACGGGUGGAGAUAUCGCGAAACAAAUGCCACUUGAGGCGAAAAAAUUUGCGAAAAUCGAUAAAGAUUGGCUAAAGGUCAUGAGUAAAGCUGCCGAAGUGGGCUUCGUUGUAUCCUGCUGCUCUAAUGAAUUGUUACGCAGCACGCUUCCUUCUCUGUUUGGGGAGCUGGAGAAAUGCCAGAAGUCUUUGGAGGGGUAUCUCGAGCAAAAACGCAAGAAGUUUCCGCGUUUUUACUUUGUUUCAAACCCGCUUCUAUUGCUUAUAUUGUCUCGAGGAUCCGACCCUGCAGCGGUGCAGCAAUACUACGAGAAAAUCUUCGACAGUAUCAGCCAAGUCGUGCACGAAAGACCCAUGUCAGCAGCGGAAUCGAAAGUUUCAUCAAACACGACGAGUUUAAACACAAAACGUAAAAUUGUUGAAAUCAAGUCACUAGUGGGUAACGACGAAGAAACGAUUUCACUGGUGCAGCCUGUGCUUCCUGACGGGAAUAUUGAGGAUUGGUUGGGGAUGUUAGAGAAGGAGAUGCGACGUACCUUGAAGACUUUAUGUCGCCAAGCUGCGGCCGAGUGUUCGUCCGGUUCCCUUCGAGAAUUUGUCAGUAAAACAUGUGCACAAUUUGCACUUCUAGGCAUUCAAUUGAGUUGGACUGCCGAGUGUCAGGACGCACUGCAGCGGUGUCGAACUACCAAAGGGAUUAUGGCACAGACUGCCAAGAAGCAUGGGACAAUGUUGUCGGAAUUAUCGUCUUGGUGUCUUACAGAUUUGGGUACGAAACUUACGCGCACUAAAGUGGAGACGCUGAUCACUAUUCAAGUCCAUCAGCGCGACUGUUUCUUGGAACUUUGUCGUCUUUACAAGGAGAAGAAACUUUCGGAUGCUAGCGACUUUGAAUGGCUCAAACAAGCACGUUUCUAUUGGCGUGUAGGCAGCCAAGGAGCUUUCGAUUCAGUGGGUCCAGAUGCCUGUUUGAUUUCUAUUUGUGACGUGGAUUUCAAGUACGCUUUCGAGUAUUUGGGCUGUAAAGAGCGACUGGUGAUCACACCGUUAACUGACCGCGCUUACAUCACUCUUUCUCAAGCUCUCGGUAUGCAUUUAGGGGGCGCUCCUGCUGGUCCUGCGGGCACAGGAAAGACCGAAACGGUGAAAGAUCUAGGUCGAAGUCUUGGCGUCUAUGUGAUCGUCACUAACUGCACAGACCAGCAACGCUAUUCAGACAUGGCCAAGAUCUUUAAGGGGCUCUGUCAAGGAGGUUUAUGGGGCUGCUUUGACGAGUUCAACCGCAUCGAGUUACCGGUUCUUUCGGUAGUAGCUCAACAGGUUCUUGCGAUCACAAACGCUAAGCGUGUACAAGCCUCAACGUUCACGUUCCCAGGAGAUCCAUUACCUAUCGGACUACACACAGACGCAGCAUACUUUAUCACUAUGAAUCCAGGUUAUCAAGGACGCCAGGAGCUUCCAGAAAACCUUAAAGCCCUAUUCCGAGGAGUCUCUAUGAUGGUCCCGGAUCGUGAGAUUAUCAUGAAAGUCAGGCUAUGUGCGGUAGGCUACGACGCCUUUGCAGAACUCGCUCGUAAGUUCAAGACGCUGUAUGGUGUUUGUGAGGGCCAGCUAUCGAAACAACGUCACUAUGACUUCGGGUUGCGUAACAUUCUGUCUGUAUUACGGUCAGCGGGUGCUACUAAGCGCGAUAACCUCCUUGCAAGUGAAGAAUUGCUGAUGAUGACCACCUUACGGGAUAUGAAUCUCUCCAAACUCGUGGCUGCCGAUGUACCUAUUUUUUUAUCUUUACUUCGCGAUAUCUUCCCAGGUGUGGAGCCUACCCCGUCUGGAGGGAACAACACUAACGAAAUUGCGGCAGCUGUUGAGGAUGUACUGCAAAAAUCACAGUGUUGGCCACCGCCAACGACCUGGAGUGCAAAGGUGACUCAGUUGUACGACACCCAACUUGUACGUCACGGAAUUGCGCUUGUGGGGCCUGCGGGAUCAGGGAAAUCUGAGAUUUUACGGACGUUACAGACUGCGUUAGGGUGUCACACCCGUAUUCCACACCGGCAAGUACGGUUAAACCCUAAAGCUGUGCGUGCUGAAGAGCUGUUUGGAGAGACCGAUCGGUUGUCUGGAGAGUGGGUGGAUGGCGUAUUCGCUGCCAUUUGGGCCAAAUUUAACGAUAGAUCCCGUAAAGAUGUGUCCUGGUUGGUCUGUGAUGGACCCGUGGAUGCAGUUUGGAUAGAGAACCUGAAUACCGUAUUGGACGACAAUAAGCUGCUUACGUUAGCGAAUGGCGAUCGGUUACCGAUGACCGACAACUGUAAACUUCUAUUUGAAGUCGAAGACCUGCGUAAUGCUUCACCCGCCACUGUUUCACGAGCAGGAAUCGUUUACGUUAGUGAUACGGAUCUCGACUGGCAGCCUGUGGCUCAACGAUGGCUGCGUAUGCGACCAGACUCACAGCGUGCAGCUUUAACUCGAAGCAUGCGGGCAUUUGUGGGUGAGACAACAGGUUCAGGACAACUGUUCGAGUUCUUGGCUCGAAGAUGUCGGCCUGUUAUGAUUGUUCCGAGAGUGGCGUUGAUCCAGUCGUGUUUAAACCUGUUACAGUCUCUUUUAGAGCGCAGUGAGCUUAGUGAGAACUCCCAGGCUGACUUAGAGUUAGAGUUAGAGAGGCUGUUCGCGUUCGCGUUAUCGUGGGCUAUUGGAGGUGUAUUGGAUCUUGAAGAUCGUAUGAAACUCCACCAUUAUCUGAUUGAAAAGGCUCCAGCAACGACGUUCCCGUCGUCGAUUGCUGCAGGAUCUCAGGAGGGUCAAGAAGGCGUUAGAGCAUCGUCCUCUAACUCUAACCAGACUCUAACUGUAUUCGAUCACUUCUUACAUCCCUCGACACUCGAGUGGGAGAAAUGGACACUGGACACUUGUGAGAACCUUCUAACGCGAUCAAGCGGCGUUGUAAAUGUCGGGCGGCUUAUUAUCCCUACGACAGACACCGCUCGCUCGCUGCAUUUACUGGAACAUCUUCAAGCAAGCCAACUGCCCGUCUUACUCGUGGGUGAACCAGGCACGGGGAAAUCCACACUUGUGCGUUAUUUCUUCGAUAAUAAUGUGAACGGAGAGGGGAUUUCUAGGACGCUUAUCUUCUCAGGGGCGACUUUAGGUGGGGCUUUUCAAGCGACAGUGGAGGCCGAUCUGGAGAAGCGUGGAGGAAAGACAUUUGGACCCUCUAACGGUCAACAACUCACUCUAUUCAUGGACGAUCUGUCCAUGCCAGCGCUUAAUGAAUGGGGUGACCAACCUACUCUUGAAGUUGUUCGACAACUCGUGGAGACUCGUACGCUGUGCUUCCUGGAUAAAGACAAACGCGGCGAUAUUAAGGUCAUUGAAGGGUUACGGUUCCUAGCAGCUAUGGGUCUACCAAUUGGCGGUAAGAACGACGCACCGGCACGUCUUAAACGCCAUUUCUUCAUUUUAAACCUGCUGCCUCCUUCGCCUGACGUUGCGGAGGCGAUUUUCGCUCAACUUACUCGUUGGAAAUUUAUUCCCGAAGAUAAUUCGAUAUCUUCGGUUGGAAUCCCAAAAAAGUCUCUAUCCGACCUGAUCUCUCGUCUAGCUGCUGCAUCCGUACAACUUUGGCUUUGGUUACGUCGUGCGAUGCCUCCGACGCCACAGAAGUUCCAUUAUGUGUUUAGUUUACGCGAGUUGAGUCGAAGUUUCCAAGGUAUUUUACGAGCACCUAUCGAGACCGCGACGACGUCCGAGAAACCUCUAAUUCGACUAUGGCAGCACGAAAGCGAGCGUGUAUUUGGCGACAGACUGGUCUCGAUCGAAGAUAAACAGCGAUUCCGGGACGAACUAAACGCUGUCGCUGAAGGUUUGGUGACGAAGUCGGUGAAUCUGCCCCCAGUAUCAAGUUCUGGAGGGAAAGAUAAAGUAUCAACGCCUACACCCGAUGGUGUUCAACGCCAGUCCGUUCUAUCCAAUGUAAACAUGCGGCAAACCAUGGUUUACGUUGAUUUCUUGCAGGAUCCGCCCGUUGAUGAACUUGGCGAACCUAUAGGGGAGAUGCCCCGUAAUUACGAACCCGUAUCCAGUAUACAGUUACUGCGUUCUCGAGUGGAACAUCUCUUAUCCCAGUUUAACCGUGAAAACCCUGGACGUGCACUACCGUCGCUUAUCCUGUUCGAGGAGGCUUUAUUCCAUCUGGCCCGGUUAACGCGUGCACUUGGACUAGCUCAAAGCAACAUGAUGCUUGUGGGUGUUGGAGGGUCCGGUAAACAGUCGUUAGCGCGUCUUGCAGCUGCGCUAAGUGGCCAUGAAUUGUGUCAACUAGCGGUCACUAAAGCGUACACUUUAUCCGCAUUUCUUGACGAUUUACGUGGGCUCUGUAAAACUGCUGGACAAGCUGGAAAAGGUGUGGUAUUCCUUCUUACUGAAGCCGAUAUUAAGGAUGAUUCCUUCUUAGAGCAAGUUAACGCUCUAUUAGCGACAGGAGAAGUGCCUGGACUGUUCCCUAGAGACGAAUUAGUCGCUAUGGCGAGCGAAUUACGGGGUGCUAUGCAGCGAGAAUGUCCGGAUCGAGCGGAUACGCUGCAGAAUUUAACGCGCUUCUUCCAUGACCGAGUACGACGAAACCUCCACGUUGUACUGUGUUUAUCUCCGGUUAGUGCACGUUUUGCAGACCGCUGUCGCGAAUUCCCGCAUUUAGUGAAUGGCUGCACUAUCAACUGGUUUUUACCGUGGCCAGAGGAGGCACUCACCGCUGUAAGUCAAGGAUACCUCGAGAAAUUCGUGCUGGAAACUCCACCGGCUACUAAAGACGCGUUGAUACUACAAAUGGGCCGAAUGCAUCAAGCAGUGGAGAAGGUUAGCGACGAAUACUUUACACGUCGACGACGACGCGUGGUUCAAACCCCGAGAAGUUUUUUAAGCUUUUUAUCGACAUAUAAGGAGCUGUAUGGUGAAAAGUUGAGUGAAGUUCGACAUCAGGAGGGUGCAGUGAAUCUGGGACUGCAAAAAUUAGGACAAGGAGCACAAGAUGUGGAGAAGAUGAAGGUGGUAUUAAAGGAAGAAGAAGCUAAGCUCGUGGUGGCUGAAGCAGCAGCUAAUAAGAUGUUGGAGACGCUGCAAGUGAAGUCUCUUGAAGCUAAAAAGGAGAACGAUAUCGUCCAACAAAUACGAGAACAAUGUCUAGCCGAUGCUGCAGUUAUCUUGGCCGAGAAAGAAGCGGCAGAAGAGGAUCUUAAGCGCGCUCAACCUUUCUUGGACGAGGCUGAGCGUGCAGCCAGUAGUAUCCGUCCGAAUGACUUGAAUGAGCUGAAAAAGUUGGCAAAACCGGGUGAUAUCAUCAAACUUAUCUUCGACUGUGUAGCUAUUUUACAGAUGGCUCCACUGCUCAAAGUUGAACGCGCUCCAGUGACUUUGGGCGUGGGUAAAGAGAAGCACACGUGCGAUUUCCUGAUGGAUUCUUUCCAGCUCGCCAAGUCCGGUAUGCUCGCUGAUACGCGGUUUUUACAGAACAUUUUUUACUUCUCGAAACACCAAAAAGACCAAAUGAACGAUGAAACGCUGGAGUUGAUGGCGCCGUACAUGGAAUUAUCCGGUUUCAGCGCUCCCGUCGCGAAAAACGCGUCAAAGGCCGCAGAAGGGUUAUUCUGCUGGGUUAAAGCGAUGAGUAUGUACCACGAAGCGUCCAAAGUGGUUAAACCAAAACUAGAGGCGCUACGUAUUGCAGAGGGCAAGUUUGAAGCGGCUCAAGCGCGACUUCAAAGCUCCGAAGAUAAACUACAGAAAUGUCAGAAUGUACUCACUCGUUUACAGGAAGAUUUCCAGACUCAAAUGGCCGAGAAAGCUCGAGUCGAGGCGUUUGCACAAGCUACGAAGCGUAAGAUGGAACAAGCCACAGCACUUAUCGGGGGCUUGGGAGGCGAAAAAGUGCGAUGGACGGAAGACUCGAACCGAUUCGUGGAGAGGAAGCAACAUCUCGUUGGAGAUUGCGCUCUGGCUGCUACGUUCUUGUGUUAUUGUGGGCCAUUUAACCGGGAGUAUCGAGAUUUACUGCUGCGUGAACGUAUUCCAGCUGAACUUGGCGCUAUUCCAACACCAAAUAGCGCAACUAAAGCUCCGUUUACGAUCCCGUUAACGCGUGGUUUAGCGCUCGAGGAGUUCUUAGCAGAUGCUGGUUCCGUUAGUGACUGGAAGCUACAGGGUUUGCCGUCAGAUCCGCUCUCUAUCCAGAACGGUAUGUUAGUGGCACGAGCGCCACGCUUUCCCUUACUGAUCGAUCCUCAAGGUCAAGCUUUGUCUUGGGUUCUUCGUCGAGAAGCGGAACGUCUACCAACUAUGGGGGUUGUAUCGGUGAGUAGCUCAAAGCUUCGAGAGAUUCUUGAACAUUGUGUGGGUGAAGGCAAAGCUUUGGUUCUCGAUGGAGUGGAUGGCGCAGAUCCGGACCCGCUUCUGGCAAAUGUUCUGGAUAAAAACUUUAUCGUUCGCGCGAAAGGAAAAUUCGUCAAGAUUAUGGACCGGGUGUGCGAGUAUAACGAAGAAUUCGCGUUGUAUUUAACCACUCGAGUGCCUAAUCCACACUUUUCGCCGGAACUGCAAGCGCGUACACUUGUGGUGGACUUUACGGUGACUCAAAGAGGACUGGAAGAGCAGCUAUUAGCGCAAGUCAUCCGUCAGGAACAACGCUCACUGGAAGAGCAGUUAGAGCGUGUUCAGUGUGAAUUAAACGCUAACGCUAAAGCACUUGUGGCGUUGGAUGCACUGCUAUUAGAGCGACUGUCAGCUAGUAAAGCCAAUCUUCUGGAUGAUGUCGAACUCGUCUCGGUAUUGGCCAAUACGAAGGCGAAAGCUACCGAAGUUAACGACAAGAUCCUGGCCGCUGAGGAAGUAAAGCGAGGGAUUGACGAAAAGCGGGAACAUUACCGUCCAGUGGCUGCACGUGGCUCCGUUCUUUACUUCGGUAUCGUGGAUUUUGCUGCAGUAAAUGCCAUGUACCAGACGUCUUUGGACCAAUUUUUACAGCUCUUCGUGCGUGCUAUCGACGAAGCGGAACGCUCUUCGUUAGCGUCGAAACGAGUGAGUUACAUAAUUGAAACUCUAACGUACAUCGUGUUCCGUUAUGUGAAUCGAGGCCUGUACGACCGUCAUCGUCUCAGCUUCCUGCUUAUGAUCGCACUGAAGAUUCUCGUAGCUGCAGACUGCGUGACGCCGGCCGAUGUGACGCUGUUUCUUAAGGCUGGAGCAUCCAGAAAACUGUCAAGUGAUCAACCGAAGCCGUUCAACUGGAUGUCGACUGGAGCGUGGCUGAAUGCUGUACAACUUGCGAGUGAAAAGCCUCAUUUCCGUAACCUGCUUGGAGAUCUGGAACGCAGUGAAAAUAUAUGGCGUAAGUGGUUUGAAGACAAUGAACCAGAACGUCUGGCUGUUCCAGAUUAUGAAGGACUGCUGUUUGAUCCUCGAGCAAUUACAGCAAAUCUUCACUUCCAUCGACUGUUGUUAGUGCGCUCGUUACGGGAGGACCGCACUAUUCCAGCUGUAUUGGACUUUAUUCGAGCUAUUGAGUUUAUUGAAGGUGCUGUAGGCGUUAGUUUAUCCAGAAUUCCUGCGUUAGGACCUCGCUAUGUUGAGCCUAUUACGGAUACAGUUGAGAGCGUGUACCAGGAGAUGAGAGCGGAGACACCUGUACUGUAUCUCUUAUCGCCUGGAGCGGACCCUACGGAGUCUAUUGAGCAGCUUGCGCGACGUAAACGACAGAGUGUGACUACGAUCUCUAUGGGAGAAGGACAAGAGGCUGUUGCAGCAAGAACGGUGGCGUCUGCGAUGCUGAAUGGGUCGUGGGUUCUGCUCCAGAAUUGCCAUUUAGGGUUGAAUUACAUGGACACCCUAUCCGAGACUCUAACGACGGCAAAUAGCAGUGCGAAUAGCGCUAAUGCUGCUGUAACUCCAGCGCGUGCUCCAGAGUUCCGACUGUUUUUAACGUCCGAACCACAUCCGGAUUUCCCGAUAUCAUUGCUACAUCGAAGCAUGAAGGUGACCAACGAACCACCUGCUGGUCUUAGAGCGGGUUUACUGCGCAGCUUUACGGUGUUAGUGGAUCAAGACAAACUGGAUCGUCUUGAGACUCCGUCGUGGCGAUCUCUGCUCUUUGCGGUCUGUUUCUUACAUGCUGUUGUGGUGGAGCGAAGGAAAUUCGGUCCGUUAGGCUUUAGCGUGCCGUACGAGUUCAAUGCUGGUGAUAUGGGUGCGUCGCUAAGCUUUUUAGAGCGUCAUUUGUAUACGUCACCGUCACCGUCGUGGCCCACCGUGCAGUAUAUGGUGGCCGAGGUGCAUUACGGUGGUCGAAUUACAGACGAGCUGGAUCGAAGGCUCUUCCGCGCUUACUGUGAUGCAUGGUUUAAUCCGACCCUGUUAGGGAGUUCCUUCUCCUUUAACCCAGAAGUGAAGCUAUCAACAGGAGGAGCCACUUCGUCCUCUGGUCAAUUGUUCAAUUACUGUCUACCAGACUCAUCAAUGGCGGAGAUCGAAGAGUAUCAACGAUAUAUCGCCGGGUUUCCGAGUGUCGACUCCCCCGAGGUGUUCGGAUUACACCCUAACGCCGACCUAACUUAUAGAGUUAAGGAGGUCACCGCUCUAUUGGGAACUAUCGUCGAUACUCAACCUACAGAUGCUGAAAGUACAGCGACAAAAUCCGAGACCAGGGAGGAUAUUAUCCAGCAAAAGAUCCGUGAAUUAUUGGCCUCUCUUCCAACUGGAGGGGAAGAGGCUUUAAGUGAAGAAGCGUUGGCUCAAUCUUUACGGUCCAAGGUGCUCGGUGGAGGAUUAGAGCUUCCUCUUAAUCUGUUCCUAUGUCAAGAAGCUCGAGCUCUUCGAACGGUCCUUAAAAACGUCCGAGCGUCACUGGUGAAGACACAGCGUGCAUUAGCGGGUGAAGUACUGCUAACCUCUUCGUUACGGGAGACAAGUCAGGCAAUUUUAGACGGCAAAGUGCCUCCGUCGUGGGUAGCGAACGAGCAAGCGUGGCUCGCUGGAACACUGGGUCUUUGGAUUACAGGACUUAUUGACAGAGUAACCCAGUUACGCGCAUGGUUAGAGCGUGGUCGGCCGUCGAGCUUCUGGUUAGCGGGGUUCUCUAAUCCGCAAGGAUUCCUUACGGCUGUAGCGCAAGAGUCAACUCGAGCUCAUGCGAGUGAGCGCUGGGCGCUGGACGAUGUGGUGUAUUACAGUGAAGUAACAGACUAUGAGAGAUUAGAGCAGAUCAAGCAGCCGCCACGCGAAGGUGUGCUCGUACACGGACUGAUGUUGGACGGUGCGGCUUGGAAUCGACCGGAUGGGACGUUGGUGGAGCAGGAACCGAAACGGUUGUUCGCUCCACUGCCUGCAGUGUAUGUUACGGCUGCUACUAAAGCUCACAAAAAGACAAGAGCUGCUCAAGAUCACGGUCCGUACGGAGCGUACGAAGCUCCCGUCUAUCGUUACGCUAGACGCACGGACAAGCACUAUAUUUUCUCGGUCCCGUUGGCAUCAAGAGACCAUCGACCGCUGCACUGGACGUUGCGAGGUGUAGCUUUACUUUGCUCUACCGAUCAGUAGAUUAAAGUUAUGCGAUGCAGCGUACGAAUGACCUGCUAAAAUUAUCAUUAUCGGACUUGUUGUCUUACACUUGAUCGUUUCAUCCUCAUCAAAAUGAUAUCAUCGCAUGUCAACGGUCAA